AAUAUUUUUGCAGGUUUUAGAAUAAAUAAUAAGAUAGUUUUAUACAAAACAGGAGUUUUUAUGUUUUGAAGAGAGAUUGUUUUUGGUCCGGCAAGUAAAUGAAAAUGUCGGCCAAUAUCUACGGGAAAAUAACCGUUAUUAAAAGGAAUGGGACGAGUGGAUCGCAAUAUCCAGUGACUAAUAAUAAUUGCACAUUCGGAAGAGAUGCUGAUUGUGAGAUUCGAAUUCAGCUCCCGACUGUUUCAGACAGGGAAUGCAAACUCCAAGCCGAUGAAAAUGGAAACUUUGUUCUCUCAAAGAUAAAUCAAGAAGGUGAGCUAUUGGUCAAUAACAAGGAAGUUAACAAUGAUGCAACAAUUAAUCACAAUGAUGUUUUAACUAUUGCUGGUCGUUCUUUCAGGUUUGAAUAUCCACCAUCGAUGAGAAACAUUGACAACAUGACAGAAUCUCAGAUGAAAAGUAUGGGAACGCCGCAAUCUACUCUGAUUCAACGUGUCAAGCAAGGAAGUCGUAGAGUAUCGUUCGGGCCACAGCUUAGUCCAGAGCAGUUCGCUGCGUUCAUGCCCCCUAAUACCCCCGUUAAAAAGGGUGCUUUACCCAUGCAGGGCCUUGGAAACACUCCAAUUGCUCUUACUCGCAGACAGAGUGUUUUAAGGGAAACGAAGGGCACUCCUAGUGGUGACAUGAAGAUCAUAAAACGUAAAAGUAUAGGAAAAAAGCCUUCGCCGAAAAGCGCAGAAAAACCACAAAGAAAACGUAGUUUUGACGAGCUAGUAGAAUUAGUUGGUUUGAACAAGCCGACUAAAAACAAGUCUACACCAGGGAGAAAACGGAGCGUUGGAAAGCAAGCAACUCCACAAACCGCAACUCAAAGUUCACCAGAAAACUCAGCUGAGGAAAAGAAAACACCAAAUAUGCGCCGAAGCAAGCAGGUAACGCCAGACGAGGUUGCAGAACUUGUGUCUUCCGGUUCGACUCCCACUGGACCUCAAAAAACUCCUGUUAAAAAGACCCCUAGUGGACGAAAAAGUCUUGGAAAGAGUGAUCCGGAUGUUGAUGCUACACGACCAUUGAGCCCUGACUUACUUGAUGCAGAACGCAAUGAUGUUGAAGUGAUCGAGGAAAAAGUGGAAACCCCAGCUCGUAGACAAAGCUUAGGGGAAAAGGAGGCAUCGAAGGUUGCUGAUAUAAAUUCUGAUUCUAACCUAACUUCUGUGGUGGCUGAAAAUAAUACACCAGCAGCUAAAAAGAGACGAAGUAGUAUGAAAAUGGAGAUUCUUACGUCUGAUGCAACACAACAGAGUAUACUGAAUGAUACAGUGCCAUAUGAAGCUUCGCCAGUAAAACCGAAAUCCUCAACCAAAAAGCGACGUAGCAGCAUCAAAUCUGCACAUAUUAAUAGUUUGGAUGAUACCGUACCAUAUGAGCCCUCCCCAGGGGUGGUUCCCCCAAAAUCCGCGACCAAAGAAAGUAGAGAUAGCAUCCAAAAGAUGGCGCUAGAUGAUACUAUACCUUACGACUCCCCAGUUCCACAGCCAGUCGAAAAAUCUGCGCCCAAAAAACGCAGAAGUAGCGUGAAAGCUACACAACAGAUUCUGGAACCAAGCAACGAGCCGCAAAUUGAAAUAAAUUACAUAUUUGACGAUACGAUUCCACUUGAGGCACCACAGAGGAAGAGCACCACUCCAGGGCGAAGGAGCAAGCGUACAAGUGUGCAACUCCAAACCCCCAAAAUGGCCGAACCGCUUGAGGGUGCAGAAGAGGAUUCUGAAUACGAAAUUAAUCCUAGUUCAGACGACACAGUCCCUUACAAUGAAAUCUCUAUGGCGACACCAAGUGAGAAGCGUAACAGUGUCGGACCUACUCCGAAGUCCAACCGAAAGACGCUACUAACAGUUGAUGUUGAUGACAGCUACUAUGACACUGAUGACACGCUUUCUUAUAAUAUGGGGUCAGAGGUCAUUGAACAGGAAGCAACUCCAAAAACAGGAAGCAAGACUCCAAGAUUGUCCACGACAAAAUCAACUUCAAAUACUCCGAAAAGUGUUGGAAACACUCCUAUGACCUCAGAAUAUGGGGAUGAUGAUGUCACAAUGAAUUCUGAAGAAGAAGAAUUUGAUUCGUCGUACAUUGAACUACAGAUUAUUGAAAGAAAAACCCCAGCGAGAAAAAUCAGUAAAACGCCGAAAUCAGCUAAGAAAAGCGUCCGGAAGAUAGAUGAGGUAAAAAAUACCCCGAAAAUGAAUGAAAAUCUGGAAUCUUCUUAUAUCGAUAACAAGGUCACGCCAAUGUCAUCAGCAAAGAAGAUGCCAAAACAGGAAGCUGAAAAAAUUUUCGAUGAGUCGUAUGACUUUGGGAUUUUGGAGCAAUCUUUGCUGUUAAGUAGGAAAAGUGUUGGGAAAACACCAAAAUCUGAAAACAAAAAUUCCAGACGUUCGUCUUUGAGAAUUAAAUCACCACAAGAGGUUGCGACUCCGUCUAAUGAAGAAAACGAGAGCAAAGCUGCGGAGAAACCAUCUACUAUGACCCCUAAAUCUGCAAAGCAGAAUCUGACAACCCCAGGCAGAAGAAGGUCAUCUUUGAGAAUUAAUUCACCCCAAGAUAUCGCUACUUUUCCUAAUGAAGAAAACUUGACCCAAGCUGCGGAGAAACAGACCACCGAGACCCCUAAAUCUGCAACGAAAAGUCGUGUCACCCCAGGGAGAAGAAAAUCUCUUGCGAAGAAAACUCCUCGCAGAAGUGGUGUAGACAGGAAAUCAAUUUCCAAAUCUGCCAGAAGAAAAAGCUUGAGAGUAAAAAGGAAGAGUGGUGUCCUCCUAUGGUCAGAGAUUGUCAGAAAGAACGCAGACAACCAACCACUGACUAAAACAACGACUUCUACUGCCGCUGAAUUAUUUGUGCAAUCCAAGCCAGCUAACAGAGGUGCACGAAGACCAGUUGCUAAAACUCCUGCACAAAUUCGAGCCCUGCGUCAUGCCGAUUCACCCGCAACCAUUUAUAUUGGACGAACUCAGAAAAGAAUGGAUGAUGAUUUAGACAUGACUCCAGUUGACUUCAACAUGAGCACAGACUACUCAAGCGAGGAGAGUUUCACUGAGGGAGAAUCGAUUCUAUCUGCCGCUGAAGAAACACAGAAUCCUAAAUUUGUCAAGAAAACUCCCAAAGAAAAGUACGGCGCUGUCGAAUCUCAUUUCGGCACAAAACGACUUCUCAAAACUCCAAAAGAAAAGGUAAAAAAUGCGCCAGUGGAGGAAAAUCUCGGAACAAAACGUCUCAUGAAGACUCCCAAACAGAAAAUCAAGGCUACUGGAAUAAAUGGCGAAUUCGGCACCAAGCGUUUGAUGAAGACACCCAGGGUCAAAGGUGAAGAGGUCAAGGUUCAUUUUGGAACAAAGAGGCUUCUCAAAACUCCGAAAGAAAAAUCGAAAUACGAACCCGUGGAUAAGAAUUUCGGAACCAAGCGGCUCCUACAGACGCCAAAAGAGAGAACGAAAAACAAGGAAGUUGAAAAACACUUUGGCACGAAACGUUUACUGAAAACACCCACCGAUAAAGUAAAGAACGCACCAGUGGAGAAAAAAUUUGGCUUGAAACGUUUACUGCAAACACCGAAAGAAAAAGUCGUUUACAAGCCUAUUGAUGGGGAAUAUGGAUUGGAUAGUUUAUUUGGAAAAGAUGACGAAAACGUACAAACUACGGCAGUUAUUGCUGAGAAAACCAGUCAACCAGAACAGACGGAAUUUCAGAAUGUGGAGAAAAACUCACCUGCUAGAAGUAAGAGAAGUGGGCGGGCACCAAGAACUAAGAAAACUGCUGAAAAUAAGAAAGGCUCUGAUAAGAAAGCGAUCGAAAAUGUUUUGGACGAGGAUUCAGGCAAAAGAUCAACACGAAAACGAAAGACUCCGUCUUCCCUGAGAGAUGAUUUUGUCGUCAUGCCGCAGAAGAAGGUAAAAUCGGACGUCAGAGAAACUGAGGCCCAAAACAUUGCUCAAGAUGAUAUCCAACCAAAAAGAUCCAGCAGAUCUCGUAAAGCUCUAGCACAAGAAGAAAUUAUUGUUAACGAAACCACCACGACAAAAAUGAAUGCUCCCAUUGAAGCUGAAAAAGUAGUAGAUGCUGAAAUAAAACAAGUGGCCGCUCGAAAAUCAGCACGUGGCAAAAAAGGAAGUCAAGCUGUUGUGGAAGAAGCUACAGAACCAAAAAGAUCGUCUCGUGCUCGUACAAAUGAAGCGAUUCAACAAGUUACAGAAGUUUUGACAACUAAAAGAUCGACUAGAGGUCGCAAAGCAUCCACGGAACAAACACUCGAAGUUAUUGCAGAGCAAGAUGAAACGGAAAUUUCUUCAAAGCAAAAAGAAAAGUCGGCUGCAUCAGAAGACAAAACUUCAAGAGGUGGCAAAACAACUAGAACAACCAAGGCCACUGCUGAAAAACCUGAACCAGAAGCUGUAGGGCCCGCUCCUACCAGAUCUACUCGCAGAGGCAAAGCAGUUGCUGCAGAAAAAGUUCCUUCAGAUAGUAAAGUUAGUAAAAAGGCUUCUGUAAGUGGAGCUAAGGAUACUGCGAAAGCUACGGCUGUGAAUGAAGAGGUUGUUAUAACAACGGUGUCGAAAAGGUCAUCAAGAUCGAAGAAGACUGUUGAUGUGGAACCACCCAUGGUAACAGAAAAAGCUGCUGAAACCACCCCACCAACAUCGAGAAAAUCAAGAUCGAAGAAAAUCGUGGAUGCAGAACAACAAAUAACAUCAGAAGAAGUUGCACCGGUAGUGCCAAAACAAUCGUCUCGCUCACGAAAAAAGUCAAAGGAGAAUGUUGAAUCCCGACCAGAGAAAGAAACUAAAAUUGAGCAAAAACCAGUAUCUGCGGCAGCUAAACGAUCAUCUCGUGCUUCAAAGACAUCUAACAUUAUUAACACCGAGAUUGAACCAGAGGCAAAAAAUGUACGCUUAUCCACUAAGGGUCGCUCUAAAAACACAGCAAGUUCUGAAAAUAAACCCAUCACACAAGAAACAACCACUACAGGUCGUCGUAAGCGCAAGACGGAAGCCCCAAUUGAAAAUGCACCAAAGAGAAGAAAUCAUGGUUCACCAGCGCUUGAAGAAGUAGAAAAGGUCGCAGAUGAGCCAAAGCGUACUACACGUGGCAAGAAACCAACGGCACCCGCUACGAAAGCGUCUCAGGCUAAGAAGAUUGAGGACCCAGCUCCUGUCAGGAAAUCUAAACGGGCAACAAGAGGGAAGAAGGCUUAAAAAGUGUACCCCGAUAAGAGGAAUUACAAAGUACUGCUCUCAAUUUUUCCUGUUUUGGGGGAAAUGUCUCCGAAUGAAAGAACUGUUUCACUUUUUAAAGACUAAACUAUUCUAGUGACCUGAUUAUGUGUAUUCGGAAAAUACCACCCAAAAAUUCUGACACAAGAAACAAAUAUAACAUUAUAGAAAGAAUUAUAGAAAGAAACGCUUAAAGGAGGCUGUAUUUUGUCUGGGUGUGAUAUUCCAUAAAAGAUAUUGUACAUGGAUGGAACUUUAUUACUACCUACCACACGAAUGUCUUUUUUGUAAAGUUUCCUCACUUUAUAGUAAUAUUUUCAUAUUUCUUAUGAGAAAGAACGCAGAGGGGGGAAUUUAAAACCCUUUAUCAGGGGCUUCUCUUCUUGUUCGUACUAUUUAUUCCAUGGGUGUGCAUCGUAUUUUGUCGGCGGGCCAUAUAACCAACUUCAGACAUUUAGCCGGGCCACACAAAACAUUUAGCGGGAAAGGCCAUAGAAGAUAAUGCAAUGCGGCUAUUGCUUAGCCUUACAGUAAUAAAUGCACUGGCCAAAACGGCGAAAGUUUUAAUACUGCAACAAUUUUGCUUUUUAUGCUUAAUGGGGAAAAUCUUAGUGUUGACAAGGGCCACACUAAAUGGCUUGGUGAGCCGCGGGACGAUUGUUGGACAUCCCUGAUUUAUACCAUGUUAAAAAAAUAAUACAGAAGUGGCCAAGACGACAGUAGCCCAUAUCUGAACGAUUGACUAUUUCUAGGUGGCCAUCUUUCUAUUCAAACCGCACUAUGUAGUAUUUCUGAAGUGAUCAAGACAGGACUCGUGUGCUUGAGUGACUUGCUAUUCUAACAAAUUUUUUUGCCAGAUACUUACCACUCAAAAUUAUUGCUUUUAUAUCUGCGUACUCUCUCAAAAUUACUCUUUUGUGUCUGUCGAAGAUUUCUCAAAUGUGUGAUUUUGUGGAGUGCACUAUUUUAAAGGUUUUAGAAUUUGUAAAAAAAAUUGUAGAAGUUAGUUAUUCAGAAAUGUUCAAAUUUUAGUAUUUUUAUCCACUUUUUGUACUUCAUAUUGGAACAAUUGAUUUUAUCUUAUGUAUAAUAAUUUUUAUGUGGCGACACUAAAUGUCGCCGAAUAAUCAAAUUUAAGCUGUUAGACAAGGCUGACAGAAAUUUCAACGAAACGUUAAGCCAUUUUGAAAACUAUUUUAAGAUGAUUGACAGAACUUUUGAGUCCUGCGUAACACAAUUCAACUUCUUUCAUUGUCUUAACAAUUCAUUGCUUUUUUAAUUUUUGUCAGAAACUUUUAUUAUCACCAUUAGAAAUCUGAAACUCGUCUCUGAAUAGUUCAAAAAUGUGAAAAAUUGCCACUUGCUCUUACAAGACUAAGAUGUAAUUUAAAAAAAAAUUGUGGAGUAUAUAAAGCGUGUCGGAUAUGUUUACGCAUUUUAUUAGGUUGAAAUAUUUUAUAUUAUAUGUGCUCUCUAUGUGUAAUUUAUGUGUUUCUUCAAGGUUUUAUGUGUCUUAUUUUAAAUUGCCGUCUGCCCACAAAAACUGCCUCAAUUGUUACUGUUCUGCUGCUAUUGAAUUGCCAAUCAAAGAAUUGCUAAUUUUUCUGUUACAUUUGGGGAAAGUAAAAAAGCUGUCGCAGUGUCAUUAAGUUUUUAUAAAGUUCGAUAUAAAAGCCAAUUUUCGAAGUUAUAUUAAAUCUAAAAGAACUAAAUCCUAGUGUGAAUGAGCGUUGCAUAAAAUAAAAAAGUUUGUGUUCCGCUCCCAAAUUCCCCUUCACAUGGGGUUUUCAAUACUUGUAAAUAUCCUAUUUGUUUUGCAUGAAUCAUAUUAAUUUUGUUGUUGUUCUUUCAUACAAUUUAUCAAAUAACAUAAUAGUAUCAUAUUGAACGGCCAUCAUCAAAUUUCUCUAUUAUUAGUUCGUGCGGACCGCCAUUUUGCCCUGCAUCUUAAUUUUUUCGCCGCUGGCCUGCUGAUUCAUUAUCCUAACCAAGAAAACAUCGGAUCCUAUUUGUCUACUAACAAUACGCUCCGAAUCAGCUAUUCUGGGCAUAAAAAACUUUCGGUCACAAAUGGGUACUCCCGUAGUAUGUGAACCAAGUUAGGGUUAGGCCAUAAUUUUAUUCCAAUUUUCUUUAUUUUAGUUUUAUUACAAGUUCGGAGACUGUCUGUGUUAGCCGGGUAAAUAUAUCCCCUGAUCUUAGGUUUCAGUCCCUUUACACAACUUGAUGCAAAGUAGUUGAACAAAAUUAUUUCCCCCCCAUAUUGGUACACAUACUUCUGUGGAUACCCACAAAUGUAUAUAUGUGUUUUGUUUGAGCUGUCUUUCUAUAUAAAUGUUUACACGCACCAAGAUGUCCAUUCUUUGAGAUGUCGUUAUUUGCCUGCUCUAUUCAUCUGAAUGUACAUAGAACCCUAACCUGCCUAGGAUUUCACUUCCAUUCUCACUUUCUAUUCUUAUACAUUGUUACUAUGAACCACAGUUAUGUUUAAAGAGACAGUUCAAUGAUCCACUGCCCUGAACGAAACUAUUUAACGGUAGAUAUACGGUAGCUUUGUAUUGGAUGUUAUAAGAGAUUUAUAUCAGCGCAGGAUCUCCUAUUUUUCAGUCAACAUGAAAAGCCACAAAGUCAGUCAAUGUUUGAUUUAUAAAAAUUCACAGUAUUCUCGAAUACAUAUGUAAUUAAUUUUCACUGAAUAAAAACAACUUAUCCUCAAAAUUUAAUUAACUGCCUCUUGUGUUUGAUAACCCAUGUAACACCUUCUGUGUUAUGUUGAAAAAUUUCAUUUAUUCAAGGCACAAGCACUGCAUAUAUAAUUAGCUAGCUGUAUAUAUCAAUGACUUUGUACAUUGUAAUUCAUUUUCACUUAUUUUUUCUAUUUCAUUCAAGUUCCAGGGAUAUUUGUCUAUAAACCAAGGUGUUUUGACCCCAAAAUAACAUGUUACAAUCCGAUCCAAUGGCACACUUGUCAAAUCUUGUGUAAAUUGGAAGAGUUGUUAAUCUAACCCUAGCUAAUCUUUUGGGUCACCUGCAAUGCAGAGCAUUUGGUUUGAUUACGUCACUACAUUCCCCACUUUAUUCAGGUCCUACACAUGCCAGCUCUACUUAGAAAUUGUAUUCCCAUGCCCAAUGCAUGUCAUCAAACUUCAUUAUCUCUCGAUGAUAAGAUUAGCGGGUGGUUUCUACCAAGCUUAUUCAUAGUAAUCCUUGUACAAAUAUUAAGAAGCAAACGAUUGUCUGAAUGAACAGGCCAUAUUUCCUUCACUGCCCUGAUGAAGUUUGAAAAAACAUUGGUUGAACUUAUCGUUUGUUGUUCCUUUCUAGUUGUGCAUGUGCUACUAUGUUUAUGAAGUUUCUCGCAGGUGGACUAGAGACCAUUUUUGCUCUGCUUAGCAAAUAUCCCUCUGCUUUUUACUGCUUGGAUUACUGUUGUUCUUGUACAAAUAAUUGUGUAGUUUUUGGUGUUGAAAAUAUACAUAUCAUUCCAUAUAAAAA